AUGCUUAGCGUCAAACCAAACAGGAUAUCCGGUGUAUUCUCGUCACGACGCCACGCGAGGAGAGAAAGUCUACAUAUUGUGGCGUCUCUUCUUCCGAAAACUACAACUUUUGUGUGCUUUUAAGGCUCGUCCAAGAGCAGCGACCCUCAACAUGUUCCUGCAGUAUCACCUGGACGACAACGGAGAUAGAGUGUACACUCUCAAGAAAGAGGCACCGAACGGGCAGCCCACCAGCUCAGCCCACCCAGCACGCUUCUCCCCCGACGAUAAGUUCUCUCGACAUCGCUUGACGGUGAAGAAGCGCUUCGGACUUCUGCUCACCCAGCAGCCCAGACCUGUUCUGUGAGCACAUGACAUGCACACAAACUAUGGAUGCCAACAUGUUUGCAGAUGUCAAACUUUUCCCCCUGUUUUAUUUUUGCUGUUCUUUAACAAUGUGUGGUUAUGAAAGAGUGGUUGAUCCCCACUGCAAAAAGCAACUUUGAAUAAAAAGUUGGAUACUUUU